UUGUUUUGUUACUUUUGUGCUGUACUGUACUAGUUUGGAGUUUUCUGAUCAAUGACACUUGUUAAAAAUAAACUUGUGAUUUUGUAAGAUUGUAAAAAAAUUAUGAUGGGAGCCUCUAACACGGAAAAGACUGCAAAUAAUCCUCUAGAACAAUUUGUAUUAUUGGCAAAAACAGCUAAAGGAGCAGCGGCUCUCGAAUUAAUAAAACAAGCAAUUGAAACUCCAGGUGUCAAUGUUUUUGGUGAAUUAUUGGAUAUGCCAAAUAUCAAGGAACUUGAGAAUGGACCACAUGCCGCAUAUUGGAAUACUCUUAAUUUAUUUGCCUAUGGAACGUACAAACAAUAUUUAGAUAAUAAAGAUAAUCUUUUGGAAUUAACGCCAACGCAAAAAAAGAAACUUCAACACUUGACAAUUGUGACAUUAGCGACAAAGUCAAAGUGUAUACCAUAUUCAGUUCUUUUGGAAGAAUUGGAUAUAAAAAAUGUUCGCGAUCUAGAAGAUUUAAUUAUAGAAGCAAUAUAUGCAGAUAUUAUUAAUGGUAAAUUGGAUCAAAGAAAUUCACAGCUUGAAGUUGAUUUUGCUGGACUUGGUCGUGAUGUUAGACCAGGUGAUGCAGGAACUGUUGCUGAAACAUUAUCGGCUUGGGGUCAGGCUUGUGAUACAAUUUUAGCCUGCAUUGAACAGCAAGUUGCAAAAGCAAAUCUUGAAAAACAAAAAGCAACACAUCAUAAAGAGAAAAUUCAACAAGAAAUUGCAAAUAUUAAGAAACUACUUGCUGCUCAAGCUGGCGGAGGUGGUGUUCAAGAAGCCGACAUGGCCGGUAGUGGUACAAGUGCAGGGGGAAGUGAAUCUGGUAGAGAGGCAUUAUCGGUUCCUCCAGAUGCAAAGAAAAAACAACAAAAGACGAAGGGUUUUAGAGGAAGCGGGCCUUCGAAUCUGAUUGACGACAGCAUGAACUGACAAUGAUUGUGAUCAGAAAAUUGGGGAUGCUCUGGGAUCGAUAUUAAAGUGAAAACUUUGUGGCAAUGGCAUGGAUUUAAUCUACUGUAACAAUGAUGUAAGGACAUCAUCAUUCUAUCUGUAAUUUUUGUAUUUUUCGAAAAUAAAUUUCAUCUCUUCCGAAGAA